AUGGAAGCCCAGCUGGCUUCCGGGAGGCGGCGUCCGCCGAUUCCAGGAUGUGGUUCUGUUUCCAUCACCGUUUGUAUGUCCGUCGUUUGCCCACUUGCAGACGGCCAUGAUGUCACUGAUGAUUUGGCUUUGACGCUGCCGUCGGACGAUGUCCCAGCCGACGGCACGGAUAAUGACGGCGAUAGCGGCACUACUGCCGAUGGCGAUUACCAUCAGUAUGACGGUGGCGACGGCGACGGGGAGCGGCGCAGCAGCAGCCGCCAGCUGCCCCAGGAGCAGAUACGGUUGGGGCGACAGCGUCAGGCGGACCACGGAGCCACAUUGAGUGUGGAGGCGACGGCAACCCAGCGGAGUCACCGUUCGCUAAAGCAUCGUCGCAACUUUCACUACAGCCGACGUCGUCGUCAAAACCGCCGUCUUACCAGCAACAGCAACAAGCAACAGCUGCACAACCUCAGCUACAGCUUCAGCAGCUGCCAUCGCAACAAUUACUGGCAGCGGAAGACAUCGGAUGGCACUUAUCUGCGAUGCACAUGCUGGUCAUCCGUCAAACGAAAUAGUGCAACAAUAAGCAAGUGGAUGGGAAGCAAGGGCGGUCGUGGCUUCGCAGAUACUGUACUCAGCACAUGCGUCAACUCGGCUUCACACCCAAGUCGUACGAAAGCCGACAACAGCUUCGAGGUCCGCAAGACUCGCAGCCGGCAAUUGGAGGCGAUGGAGGUGGAGCCGCCGGACGCGGCAGGACCGCAUCCGGAGGCAACGCGCAGCCGUACAGAGGAGCCGUCAGGGCAGUUAGCAGCGGUGAUGUUGACGGCGGAGCAUCGCUACCUCACCAAGGGCAGCAGAACGCCGCCGCCACCGCCACAGGCAGCGAGGGUCGCUUUGUUCCUGCCAGCGGUGGCGGCGGCAGCGGUGCUGGCAGCGGCAGCUUUGCUCUUGCUCAGCAACGACAGCAACAAGAACUGCUGCAACUUGCGGGACGGGCUCCUUUACUGGACGAGCACGGCAGCGGUGCUGCGAAAGGGGGGAGCGACGAGGGUGGGGGCAGGGAGGUUUCCUCCCUGGUUUGCAUGGGGUAUGGACGUUGACGCAAUCGCCGUACGGUUCCGGGGCGUACAUUUGGCAUGCGUGCUGUAUGCUUGCUUGCUCGCGCGCGUGACGUACACGUUGCCGUAUUUGCUCGCUCUUCUGAUCCCGGGCUCCUGGAACUUCCUUUUGUACCAGCUGCAACAGCUUGGCCGUGGCAUCCAGGAAUUAUCAGCGGCGGCGGUGCAGCAGCGUGACGGCGGUGGAGCGCGGGCUCGCGGAUUGGUCCAUCCGUCUGUAGCCGACGCCGGAACGGGCACGGCGGCUGGCGCGACGGCGGUGGGACUUCAGGCGUCAGUGCCGUCUCCCCGUCCCCUAGAGGACCUGCGGACGUCAGGCGCCAGGGCGGGAAGUGCCGAAGGCGCGGCUGAAGGCGUCGGCCGCCCUGCGGCGGCGCUAUUGCUCUUAAAGCCCCAGCUUAGCUAUCCGGGAGCUAGCGGUGGCGGUGGCGGUGGCGGUGGCGGUGGCGGUGGCGGUGGCGGCGGCGGUGGCGGUGGCGGUGGCGGUGGCGGUGGCGGCGGCGCCAGGGCGGCUGUGCUGGGGGAAGGCCCGUCUUCUUCUGGCCCUGCGGUAGCAUCGGCAGUUGCUGUUAUCAAGGAAAAGAUGGAGAGGGAGUUUUCCGGCGGACUGUUGUUACAACAGACCGAUACAGACGGAGGCCCUCAGCGGUCUAGCAGCACAGGCCAAGCGCGACACCAGGGCUCAGGCCCUCCUGAAGCUCGCAGCCUGGGCCGGAGCACCUCUGUAGAGGUCACCACAACGACCCCGCCAGCCCCCAAGCGACUCAGGACCGCCGGCGGCCACUUAACCGUCGUGGCGGGGACAGCUGCCACCGCCGCCGCCGCCGCCGCCGCCACAGAGCUGUCGCUGCAGCCGCCUGAGGGGGCACCUGCGGGCGGCAGGGGACCCCUCGGCCCCAUGUUUGCGGCACAGCGGCGACAAGGUUCCUGGGACACUCGGCUCGGGAUCCGAAUCAUCGACGUCGAUACACGCCUGAUGCCAGCGGUGGUGGGCUUGGUUCGAGCUGCAGGGCAACUAGGCGGUCGCCCGCCUGUGAUUUUGCUACAGGCCGCCAACUCCAGGGAUGCCUUAUUGCCCACGCCACCGCCGCCGGGUACCGUCCGUACACUUUUCCAGAUGUCUGACGGACGCAUUUUCCCGGGGCGCGUUGCGGCGGUGGCGGAUGCCGCCGCUGGGGACGAUGGCGAGGACAGGGCUUGGGCUGCCGCCGACGCCGCCGACGCCGCUGCUGUGGCAGGCGAUCAGGAUGCUGACAUAUUGACCCAUGGGUCACUUGAUUCCACCGUCGCCGGUAUGGAUCCGCAACGAGAGUACGAUGAGGCGCUGGACGAGCUGCUGACCGUUCCGUGGCGUCCUGGGACGUCUGCCCCGAUCCCCGGGGCCCAGCAGCAGACGAAGGCCCUCACCGGCACCGGAUCCAUCGGAGCUGCGACAAGAACGCAGGCAGCGGCAACGGCGGCAGCCGCCGCCGCCGGCGCGCAUGCCUUAAGGCAGGCGGCGCCGCCGUCGCCAGCGGAUGCAGAACAACUCGCGCAGGCUGCAGGAGGCGCGCUGCGGGUGAUGGAAGGCUUGCAAGACCAGCUGCGGCCGCAUCAGUGGCAGCAGCAGCUACAGCUCCCGUCGUCCAGGCCUCGACCUGUACGUCAUCCGGUAGUGCCACAAAGCAGCGGCAGCAGGGGAGCUGCCAUGGAGCCAUCCGCCGCUUUUCAGCCGGCGCAGGGUGCAGCGACCCCGCCCCCGGGAGACCGAGGAGAGUCCCGUGAACACCUCCAGACGCGAAAGCCGCCACAGCCGUAUGGAUACGCCGCGCAUACCGACUCAGAUUGUGACCUGCCCGCGAAGCAGCAACGAUACGGGGCGCCGGCGGCCGAGGCAAUGCAUCCGCCGCCGCCGUCGCGGUUGACGGCGGCACCGCCAAGGGGCACCGAGUCUUGGGCCUCCGCCACGGUCCUCAGCCGUCAUCAGAAGUACACGUGGCCAUUUCGGGUGGUGAUAACGAGGACCGCGCCGGCGGCCCACACGGUGAUGAUGGCAGCGGCGGCGUGCAUUUAUGCGGCUCCUUCAGUGGCGGAGGACCUGGAGGACAGCCAUCGCAUCAGCAGCAACAGGUUCCAAACUGGGGAGGGCGUAGCGGCCGUAGCGAAACGCCUGACGUCAGACGUGGAGCCGUUUCUGCCGCGGCAGCUAUUGGCCUCCCAGGAGAUCCCGCGGAAGGCGUCAUCGAGUACGGCACCGGGAGUGUCGUACCCCACAUGGAAGGCGAUCCUUGUGUUCGUGGGGCCUGGCGGUGACACGGUGCUGGCGGAGCCACACAUUUCGGCGUCAAACACGGCAUUUUGCGAUCUGCCUUCACCGGCCAUGUGCGAUCAGCAGCAACAGCAGCAGCAGACGCAGGCUAAAGGGGCGUCUUCUGUUUACGGGAGCCGGGCCAACAAGUUUCGGAGCGCCGAUCGUACGGUUGAGGCAGCAUGCGGCCGCAACAUUUUUGCUGGCGGCGGCGGCGAUGUGCCAUCAAAAGGGACCGCACCUGCAACCUAUGGGCCUUAUACGACUACUGCGCUUGAUAAUGCUGAUGACGCAGCGGCGUCGAUGCCCCGGCCCCGAGGCGGGGUCGGCAAUUAUGAAGCUGGCGGUGGCGAUGGUGAUGGCCACGGCGACGGCGACGGCAGCGCCUUGCAUCAAGCCGUGCUUGCCCUGUCCCAAUUGGGCCAGCUGGUCGACCGGGGGCGUGGCUCCCCUUCGGCGGUUGUUGUUGGAGACAGAGACCUGGUCGGCGGUGCAGAGGGUGCCGGGGAUGGAGAUGCCAACGACAAUGUAGGAGGGGAGGUAGUAGGCAAAGUGCAGGAAGUGGAGGAGGAGGGUUGGGCAGGAGAGGAAGAGGAAGAGGAGGGGUUACACAACGCAAGGUGGCGCUAG